AUGACAAAAGAUGCAGUAGAGUAUUUAAUCGGUUGGGUUGCAAAAAAAUAUAGAAAGAAGUAUCCUGAACUUGGAUCAACGACUUAUGUAUUAGGGAACACUUGUCAUGAUUAUACACUACCAACAUGGGUGCAGCAUUUAUCUUAUGGCGGAUUGAUAGUUCCUAGUAGUAAUUUCAAGAACUUAAUUCUACGGUGUGAAAAAUUAUUUAUAAAAUUUACAAAAGGACAAAUUCCUACAGGACGAUAUAUUGUAAAACAAUUAACAAAUAAAAUUUAUAAUAGAGUGAUAACAGAUGACAAAAAUAAAAUUCUGAUUCAAACUUAUAUAAAACAGAGGAUAAUCAUACGUAUGAAAUAUUUUAAUCAAAAUUUAACUUCUAUGCAAAAAAUAAAAAAAUCUAAAAUGAGGCUACAAAGAUUAAAUAAAUUAAGAAAAACAAUAACUUGA